AUGUUGCCUGUUAUAAAAUUUGCUCUCUUGCCAUCUGUGCUCAUACUGGCAUCAGCUUCAAGUUUCCGGGCACUGGCAUCCAGCAAUAAGACUGAUCUGGAUGCCUUGAUAGCAUUAAAGGCGGGUCUAAGCCGUCACUCGGAUGCACUAGAUUCAUGGAACAUAACUGCUGACUUCUGCCAAUGGCAUGGUGUCAUCUGCAGCCUCAAUCAUAAGCAAAGGGUCUCAGCACUUAAUCUCUCCUCGGCGGGGCUUCGUGGAUAUGUAGCUCCUUCCCUGGGGAACCUCACUUACCUGAGAAGUCUAGAUCUCAGCUACAAUCUAUUUCAUGGUGAAAUCCCAUGGACAAUUGGCCAGUUGUCACAAAUGUCAUAUCUUGACCUCUCAAACAACUUGCUCCAGGGAGAAAUUCCUUGGACAAUUGGCCAGCUCAGACAGUUAUCACACCUCUAUCUCUCAAAUAAUUCAAUUGAAGGUGGGAUCAUGUAUGGCCUGAGGAACUGCACCCGUCUUGUCAGCAUCAAACUUGACCUGAAUAAGCUCCACCAAGAAAUCCCUGAUUGGCUUGGAGGCUUGUCAAGGAUUGAGGUCAUGUCACUAGGGAAGAACAAGUUCACAGGGAUCAUCCCACCAUCACUUGGCAACUUAUCAUCGCUGCGGAUAUUGAACAUCAAUGACAACCAGUUGAGUGGUCCAAUUCCUGAGAGUCUUGGCAGGAUCAGUAAGCUUGAGAAGCUAGGACUGCAAGUAAACCACCUCUCAGGCACCAUCCCAAGAACGGUCUUUAACAUGUCCUCACUCGCCCACAUUGGUCUGCAGAUGAACGAGCUAAGCGGCACACUUCCCUCCGAUUUGGGCAAUGGGCUACCAAAAAUCGAUCACCUUAUCCUUGCUUCGAACCAUUUCACUAGAAGAGUUGCAUCUUCACUUGCAAAUGCAACCACAAUUCAGUCACUUGACCUCUCUGGUAACAAACUCAUUGGAUCCGUGGCUCCAGAGAUUGGAGCACUCUGCCCGAACUUCCCGAUUCUUAAGGGAAACCAGCUGAAGUCGAGCACUGCCCAGGACUGGGGGUUCAUCACUUCAUUAACAACUUGUACUAGUGUUAAAGGUGUCAUAUUGCGACACAACAGGUUUAGUGGUGUGCUUCCAAGUUCUAUCGCAAACCUGUCCAGGCAACUCGAAUUUUUUGAUAUUAGUUUCAAUGAGAUUUAUGGCAAGAUACCAGUUGGCAUUGGAUACUUCCCUUAUCUAAUCAAGCUCGGACUCUCUAGCAAUCAAUUUACAGGUGCCAUACCAGACAACAUAGGGAACUUGAAAAUGCUCCAGUGGUUGACACUAGAUAAUAGCCGUAUUUCUGGCACGAUGCCGUCCUCGCUCGGGAACUUAACACAGUUGGAGGACCUUUCAGUAGCUAACAAUGUCUUGCAAGGAUAUCUUCCAGCAAACCUUGGAAAUCUCCAACGGCUCGUUGAUGCAAACUUUUCAAACAAUGCGCUUUCAGGUCCCUUACAUAGAUAG